GUGCGCCAGAAUUUUUGCUCAGAAAGCUUUCGAGAUUCGAGCGGUAAAGUCGUCUAAUACAGGAAUCCAUUCUUUACUAAGUAAUUAAAACAUCAUGAGUUCUUCGGAUAAGAUGAAUUACGAGUUCGUCGCGAACAAGCCGAUCAAAAGGAAGGAUACCCUUAAGUUUGUGCAAUUUACUGUUCACGCUAACUUAGUUACCAAGAAAUUGGGAACGAAGUAUAAUUCUGUAACUCAGAGAAAGCUGUUUCAUUACAAUAUCGUCCCGAAAGAGAAUACUAAUCUAAUUGUUAAACAUGGCGACCAUUCACAUUCCUUCUCUUCCAAAAGACCCAAAAUCGACAGGGACGGCGACACAACCAUGGAUGAAUCAGACACUGAGUCAACUAGUAGUAGAUAUAGAUUUAAUCUAUCCAAGCAACGAGUUGACCUCAUGAAGUGGCAAGCAGAUUUGCUCAAAGAUAUGUCACCCGAAGACCAGAAGGAUUUUUUGGAUCAAGAACUUGAAGAGUAUAUGCAGCAAGGAAGAGAGGAAGCAUCAUUAGAAGCUUCCAUAAAAUAUGAACCUGAUGAUGAAUAA